AUGAGGGUCCAGACAAUCUCGCGGGUCGAGAAAGACUUCACGCAAGAAGUCCAGUCCGACAAGCUCAAGGUCUUCCGCAACUACGACCCAGCGCUUCACCCGUUCGAGCGUCCGCGUGAGUACACGCGUGCUCUCAAUGCCGUGAAAUUGGAGCGAAUGUUUGCCAAGCCAUUUAUUGGAGCUCUGGAUGGCCACUGCGAUGGUGUCACGGCUUUAGCGACCAGUCCGUCGAGUCUAGUACCGCUCGUGAGUGGCGCGGCAGAUGGCGAAGUGCGUGUGUGGGAUCUGCCUCGACGGAAAUGCGUGUGGAACGUGUACGGCCAUCGCGGCUUUGUGCGUGGCCUAGCAGUGACGCCAGAUGGCAGCACGUUUUACUCGUGCAGUGAAGACAAGACCGUGAAGCAAUGGGCGUUGCGCGUAAAGAGCGAGGACGGGGACGUCCCGACUGCAUUGGCCACGUUUACGUCCAAGGAACCCUUCCUCGGCAUUGACCACCACUGGUCGCAGAAGAUGUUUGCCACAUGCGGCUCCAAGGUGCAAGUUUGGGACCCUUUGCGUUCCACGCCCACGCACGAGUUCGCGUGGGGUGCGGACUCGAUCAACUCGGUGCAUUUCAAUCCAGCAGAAGCGUCACUACUAGCGUCGACCGGAUCGGAUCGCAAUAUCACAUUGUACGACAUUCGCGUAGCGUCGUCCAUGCGUAAAAUCGUCAUGGAGAUGCGCUCGAACGCGCUCGCGUGGAAUCCCAUGGAGCCCAUGAACUUUACAGUUGCCAACGAGAAUCACAACCUGUACACUUUCGACAUGCGCAAGAUGAACCGUGCAAUGAUGGUACACAAGGAUCACGUCUCGGCAGUAAUGGACGUGGCGUAUUCACCGACAGGUCGAGAAUUCGUGGCAGGAUCAUAUGACCGGACCAUUCGGAUCUUCAACGUGCGUUCGACGAAAAGCCGGGAGGUUUACCAUACCCAGCGGAUGCAGCGAAUCUUCUCGGUCAAGUUCAGCGCGGAUUCCAAUUUCGUCUUGUCUGGAAGUGACGAUACGAACAUCCGCGUCUGGAAGGCCGAGGCUUCCAAGAAGCUCUCAAAGGUAAAUCCACGCGAGCGCCGCAAGAUCGAGUACAACGAGUCACUGAAAGAUCGCUACCAGCAUCUCCGGGAGAUUAGCCGUAUCGCCAAACAUCGCCACGUCCCGAAGGCGAUCAAAAAAGCUGCACACGCUAAGCGCGAGGCCAGUUCGCGCGACCAGAAGAAGAUGGCGAACCGCCGCGCCCAUGCGAAAGAAGGGGCCGUGCCCCACACGAACAUUCGAGAGAAGGUCGUUGUGAAGGAGAUGGAGUAG